CAAACUCGUAUGUGAGCACCUCAAGACAACUACUGUCAUAGAACCAGGAAGAAGGAAGGUGGGAUAGCCCCCAAAAAAGAUACCAUUUCAAAUCAGUCGCAGAAUUUUCCCUAGAAAAUCAUGGGGCUCUGCAGGUGGACGAUUGAAGUGGUUGUCUUGACGACUGUUUUUAGUUCAUUGCUGCCAGUUCGAGCAGAUGAACACGAACAUAAGUACACUGAUAAAGAGGAGGUGGUUCUAUGGAUGAAUACAGUGGGCCCUUAUCACAACCGACAGGAGACCUAUAAGUAUUUCUCCCUACCAUUCUGUGUGGGCACGAAGAAAACUAUUAGUCAUUAUCAUGAGACGUUAGGAGAGGCGCUACAGGGGGUUGAACUGGAGUUUAGCGGUCUGGAUAUCAAGUAUACAGAUGAGGUGUUACAGACGACAUACUGUGACAUUGAACUAGACAAACCUAAAAAAGAUGCGUUUGUCUAUGCCAUCAAGAACCACUACUGGUAUCAAAUGUACAUAGAUGACCUUCCCAUCUGGGGUAUUGUUGGUGAAGCUGAUGAGAAUGGAGAAGACUAUUAUCUCUGGACUUACAAAAAGCUGGAGAUCGGAUACAAUGGGAAUAGAAUUGUGGAUGUUAACUUGACCAGUGAGGGGAAGGUCAAGCUUGUGCCAAACACAAAAAUUCCCAUGUCAUACUCUGUGAAGUGGAAGAAAUCUGAUGUGAAAUUUGAGGAUAGAUUUGACAAAUAUCUUGAUCCGUCCUUUUUUCAACACCGGAUUCACUGGUUCUCAAUAUUCAACUCUUUCAUGAUGGUGAUUUUCCUGGUGGGCCUUGUUUCAAUGAUCCUGAUGAGGACAUUAAGGAAAGACUACGCCAGAUACAGCAAAGAAGAAGAAAUGGAUGAUAUGGACCGUGAUCUCGGUGAUGAAUAUGGAUGGAAGCAGGUUCAUGGUGAUGUGUUCAGACCGUCCAGCCACCCGCUGAUAUUCUCCUCCCUCAUUGGCUCUGGGUGUCAGAUCUUCUCGGUUUCCCUCAUAGUCAUCAUUUUGGCCAUGAUUGAGGACUUGUAUACAGAGAGAGGGUCCAUGCUGAGUACAGCCAUAUUUGUCUAUGCUGCCACGUCCCCAGUCAACGGCUACUUUGGUGGAAGCCUUUAUGCAAAACAAGGAGGGAGGAGAUGGAUAAAGCAGAUGUUCAUAGGAGCUUUUCUGAUCCCUGCCAUGGUGUGUGGCACAGCAUUCUUCAUAAACUUUAUUGCAAUCUACUACCAUGCCUCUAGAGCCAUCCCAUUCGGCACCAUGGUUGCAGUGUGCUGCAUCUGUUUCUUUGUAAUUUUACCCCUGAACCUGGUGGGGACAAUUCUGGGCAGGAACCUCUCCGGUCAGCCUAACUUUCCUUGCAGGGUCAAUGCUGUACCCAGACCCAUCCCAGAGAAGAAAUGGUUUAUGGAGCCAGCGGUUAUUGUGUGUCUAGGUGGCAUUCUUCCAUUCGGGUCAAUAUUCAUUGAGAUGUACUUCAUUUUCACAUCUUUCUGGGCCUACAAGAUUUACUAUGUGUAUGGAUUUAUGAUGCUGGUGCUGGUGAUCUUGUGCAUUGUUACAGUCUGUGUUACCAUUGUCUGUACCUACUUCCUUCUCAAUGCAGAAGACUACAGAUGGCAGUGGACCAGCUUUCUCUCUGCAGCCUCAACAGCAGUUUACGUUUACAUGUACUCCUUCUACUACUAUUUCUUUAAAACAAAGAUGUAUGGCUUAUUUCAGACGUCAUUCUAUUUUGGCUACAUGGCUGUGUUCAGUACUGCUCUGGGAAUCAUGUGUGGAGCGGUAGGUUACAUGGGAACAAGUGCCUUUGUGAGGAAGAUCUACACAAAUGUAAAAAUCGACUAAAAACUCUGCAGCGACGCUGUGGAUCAGCCGGCACUUCCUCCGAUCGACGCGGGCACAAAGUCUCCAUUUAUUUUGCAAGAAGAGAUUGUGGUAUCUUGUACAAAAUCUAGUUUUCCAUUUUCUCAAUGAAUUAAAAGUUGCGGCAUGAUGCGUACACAAGGGUAAAGUGAGAGGUGUAAUAAACAGGACUUUUUAUUUUUUAUUUUAUCUGCUUUUUCGUUUUUCCCUUCAGAGGCAAUGCAGGCAGUAAACGCAGAUAAAGGGGAAAGAAAGUACACCUCAACGUUGCUCCUAUUUCUUAUAACUUUAUCCCACCCCCCCAAAAACCAUUGAACAGAUCUUUAUUGAUGGAAUAGUCUAGCUCUCUUCAGUGAAGAGGCCAACGUGUAUUGAGAGCCUUUGUUCUAUUAUAUGAGAAUAUCAGAGAGUGGGGUUUACGUCCAUCCUCUUGCUUGUCUGUUUUGUAUUAGUCGUACAAUGCCUUCAUUGUAGUAUUGUUUUUUCCAAAAUACAGAAAUUAUUAAAAAAAAAAUUCUUUCAUAAAUAGAGAAACCAAUAUGAUGUGAAGAAAACCUUUUCAGGGCAUCUGUUGUCCUGUAGCUCAGAUCCACAGACCCGCGCUGGACAGAGCUUAGCACAUCAGACACAGUUCGCUAUCCACAAGCAUAUUCUAGUGAGACCGGUGAUCUGAAAUGAUGGUUUGGUGGCAGAUUGUUUUAAUGGGAUGUGUGAUGUGAUAUUUCUUUUUCCAGUUCAGUUUUAUGUUGUUGUUUGGGUUUGAAUGAAGUCUGCUCGUAAAGAUAAUAUAUGGAGGGGGGUGGCCAUGUAUAUAACCUUAAUAAUGUAACUGUAGAUGUAGAUCCCAAACGUAUUUUGGUUGUACAGAUUUAUUAAAGGGUGUCUUUUCUUUCUUUUAUGGACAGUCAGAUUAGGGUUUUUGUUAUGUUUUUUUGAAGGUUGGGGUGGGCUUCUUGGCACAGUUACAUCUUGCCUGAUAUUGCAUGAAUUUUUCACCAAAUCAAAUUAUCAGAUUCUAUUCGUUUUUGUUGAUCAUAAUUACAUUUUAAGUGACCCUCAUCACUACCCUUUAUUUGCAUCUUGUAGAACGGUCUCAAAAAUAAGUGCUUCAUUGACUUUGUGCUGCUCAUAGAAGAGAUAGUCAUCAGCUUUUUUUAUUAUUAUUAUUUUUUUAUUUAAAGAGUUGAAAGGCUAUUCAUUGUCUUGGACAGCUCACUCGUGCUUCUUUUUGUAUCCAUGAUCUGAACCAAAAUUGUGAUUUUUUUUUUUUUUCACACAAUUUAGGCGCACAUGCUAAAUCUCUGCAGACAUACUGUACAAAGUGAAGUUAUUGUACACUUUACUAGAUGUUUUCAUGAUUACUAAGUGCAGACACACUUAGAGCUGUUGUUCUUAUUUUUCUUGUUCCAUUGUGUAAAUACAGUAUGUAAGAAAAAAAAGUGGCAAAGCCUUUUUCUAAAAAUCAUUCCUCCCAGUUUAAACAAAAUUAUUUCCGGUUCUUCAUGUCAUGUUCCAUGUGAAGUCUAAAGAGACAUUUUAAACACAAUAUUAACUUGCUGUAAAAAAGGAGAAGAAAAAAAGAAAUAAACAUUGUUUUUGAGGUUAUGUAGGCAUGGUUAUGAAGGAAAAGUUGUCAAUUAAAAAUUUCUCCAAGGACAGCUGAGUACUUGAUGGAAGCUACAAGAAUUACACACAGUCAGUAUGUAAUGAUUGCACUUUUCAUUAGAAUAAACAUAUGGUGUGACGGCAGCUUCAUCUGUCUUAAACAUAUUGUGUCUCUAAAAACUUGGUCAAUAAUCAGUCAAACUUGAGUUUCUGAGAUCGAAGUAUUGCUGUAUCGUUAUUGUACAGUACCUUUUAACAAAGACUGCAGUGAACGGCCCUUGAAUCCUGUCUCCCUGUCUUUGAACAAUAUAAAGCAGGAUUUCUCUACUUUUUUAGUAACAAAUGCAAUGUUUUAAACUCUUGCACUUACAAAUGACAAUUAUUUGUUGUUACAAAAAUUAUGAACACUACCAUAUCCUAGGAUCAUUGUUUUGCUAAAAUACUUAAAGGUACACUAUGUAACCCUUUUUUGUUCAAAAUUAACAAAUGAACAUUAAAUUUAUCAAUACAUCA